AUGGAUCUGAAAGAUAAAAACGUAAUCUAUAUUGGAGGAUUUGGUGGAAUUGGCCAAAAGUGCAUAGAAGAAUUUCUAAAGAAAGGCAUCAAAGGUCUUUUUAUCUUCGAUUUGAAAGAGAAUGCCGACGUGAUGAGAACAUGGCAAGACGCGUAUAAGGAGUGCCAAAUAAGUUUCGCGACUGUUGAUGUAACUAAAACUGAGACCAUUGAAGCGGCUUAUAAAAAAGCCAAUGACAUGUUGGAUUUUAUUGAUGUUGUUGUAAAUGGAUGUGGACUCAUGAACGAUCGACAUUUGGACCUGACAAUCGAUAUAAAUCUGCGGGGUGUUUUGCACAGCUGUAUGAUUGCUCUGGGUUACAUGGAUAAGUCAAAAGGUGGACGCGGCGGUGUAAUUACAAAUAUUUCUUCAGUGGCGGGAUUACAGACUACAGGAAUGUUUGCCAUAUAUUCAGCUGCCAAACAUGGUGUUACGGCGUUCAGCAGAGCAAUGUCGAAUCCCCUGUAUUACAUGCAUACUGGUGUGAACUUCAUUACUAUCUGUCCGGGCCUAACGGAAACUGCCCUGCUAGAUAAUGUUAAGGACAAAGCUACACUAUUGGAAUAUGCUCAACCAAUGGCCGAGAGAUUCCUCAAAAUCCAAACUCAGCCCGCCAAUGUAUGUGCCGAGAAUAUAAUUAAAGCAAUCGAAAAAAAUAAAAUAGGUUCCGUUUGGCUGUUGGAUCAUUUGGUAAUAUGCGAUAUUUACGACAAUCAGGAAUUUCGCACAAACCUUGCCCAGGAAUUUCGGGAAACUCAAAUAACCCAUGUACCGAUUGAUAUCACCAAAAGGGCAACUAUCGAGAAAGCAUUUCAAUUGGCCGCCGAAACCCUCAAUCGAAUUGAUGUGGUCGUCAACGGUUGUGGUUUGAUGAACGAUCGUUUCGUAGACUUGACAAUGGCUAUUAAUUUGACAGGAGUAAUUCAUAGUUCGUUAAUUGCCUUGGAUUACAUGGACAAAUCAAAGGGCGGCAAUGGUGGUAUGAUUGUCAAUAUUUCAUCGGUAGCUGGACUAGAGCCCAGUGGUAUGUUCGCCGUAUACUCGGCAUCGAAGUGUGGCUUGACGGCUUUUACGAGGGCUAUAGCGAACCCUUUAUAUUUUGCCAAUACCGGCGUUAGUUUUGUGACUAUUUGCCCCGGCUUCACAGAUACUGCACUCUUGCAGUCUAUACGAGGUAAGGAGACACUGACUGAAUAUUCAGCACCGAUGGCAGAACGCUUUACUCUGGCUGUGCGACAAAGUCCAGAAGUAUGUGCUGAGAACUUAGUUAAUAUUCUGGAGAUAGCUAAAAAUGGAUCGGUGUGGAUGCUGGAUUUAGGCCAAGUCAAAGAAAUGCAGUUGGAAGUUUUAUGGCGACCAGCAAUGAAUGUCUGA